AUGCGUAAACCCUCGCUGGCCCAGAUCGUGUUUAACGCCACGUUUCCACGACCUCGCACAAACGAACCCGGUUCGUUUGCUGCUCACAUUACCCGAAACCUCGUCCCCGAAGUGCGCGUCGAGACAUCCCAUUUCUACGGUUCGCUAGACUGCAUCGAAGCGCAAUAUCCGGGGCUGGACUACUCCUACGGGCCGCAUCGCAUGCGGCUGAGCCGGUUCCCAUGGCAUCGCAGAUUAUUCCGAGUCUUUGAUGAGCUCAAAUUAACCGAGGAGGAGAUCUCUGAUCUGUGCCGGUGGGAGGGCACCAAGUCCGCGCGACAACGGUACGAGGCUGAAGAAGGGACCAAAGUGCGGGACACCACUGCCCAGUCGAUCCGACCAGCAUCACCUCAGCCGUUUCCUUCCAUUGAGGUCCACUACGAUGACUUCUGCAGGACAGAGGAGCAGGACCAGAUAAUCGAGACCCAGAGUAACAACACCGUCCGCCCAAGUGCGUCUCGCACCCCUAGCACCCAUCCCUCCGACAAAGCAGAGCAUGAGACCGAAGAGGAAUACAGUGACGAGGAAAUGGAGAGCUGUGGCGUUGCACUGAACAACCGCCUUCUAGCCGCAAUGGCUGCGCGCGACCAAGGGGUUGAUGUGCCUCUGGACGAGGACUGGGAACAAUGGCUGAAGGAGGCAGGAGAACGCGGCGGAUACGGCGACAUGGUGCAUGCCAUUCGUGCAAACCAACCCUUGAGCUUCGGCACGGAGCGAUCUCAGCGCCGUAUUAGGGCUCGUGUUGUGUCGACCGCUGCGUCUCUUCCUGAUGCAUACCUGUUCUCGCUGCCAGACAGCAUCCUUGCAAGCCCGGCUCUUUCAUCCACCUCCAAUCCUACUUCUGGCGCGGCUCGAUGA